AUGCACAUGAUUGACGGGUAUAUCGGAACAUCAUGGUGGUGCUGGGGUGAUUUAGAAAGUGAUCUCAAGGAUAAACCCUUCCAUGCAUGGCAGAAGGGAAUCAACUUUCUCGAUGCUCCAUUCCCUGCAGAUCCGGACAACUGGGCUUUGGGUGAGGAUCCAUCUGAGUUGAAAUUCGAGGAUCGUUCGGGCUGGGUUGAGUUUGAGGUUGUUGAAUGA